GUGGCUGUGCGCCCUCUGUCCGUCACUCGCCUAAUGUCAUAUUCCACACACAGAUGGCAACAUGUCAAAUCACGUGAAACCCCACUAAGAUCAGCUGUCUUCAGGGGAGUGGUUGUUUAGCGAGGGUAGUUUUCCCAUAUCGUGCGUUGUAAACACCUUUUUCAGUGGCAAGGAUUUGAGCUGCACACAAAUGACGGAAUACUGGCUCAUCUCCGCCCCCGGCGACAAAACGUGUCAGCAGACAUGGGAAACUAUGAACAACCUGACAAGCAAGCAGAACAACCUGUCGGUCAAUUACAAGUUCCAUAUUCCCGACUUGAAGGUUGGUACUUUGGACCAGUUGGUGGGCCUGUCGGACGAUUUGGGUAAACUGGACGCUUUCGUGGAGCAAGUCACACGGAAGGUCUCGAGUUACUUGGGGGAGGUCCUGGAGGACCAACGCGACAAAUUGCAGGAAAAUCUGAUGGCGAACAAUAGUGGGCGUCCGCCCGAGGACGAAGGUGGCGGAGGCGGGGGCUCUGAAGACAAGAAUAAUGACUCGGAAAGCUCCUCCGGCGUAUACGUGACGCCCUUGCAGUCGCCUGCGGACAGUGCGAGCUCCACUCCUGACCAAACCCCAACCGACAUGUUCCUACUACCCCUAGGGCCAGCCGAUUUGCCGACUUACCUCACCCGUUUCCAAUGGGACAUCGCCAAAUAUCCCAUAAAACAGUCGUUGCGCAACAUCGCCGACAUUAUAAGCAAACAAGUCGGCCAGAUCGAUGCCGAUCUCAAGACCAAAUCAACGGCUUACAACAACCUCAAAGGAAACUUGCAAAACUUGGAGAAGAAACAAACUGGCAGUCUCUUGACUCGCAACCUCGCCGAUUUGGUCAAAAAGGAGCAUUUCAUUCUGGAUUCGGAGUAUUUGACGACGUUGCUGGUCAUCGUCCCGAAGUCCUCCUUCAACGAAUGGAACGCUAACUAUGAGAAAAUCACCGAUAUGAUUGUGCCUCGUUCCAGCCAACUCAUCACCCAGGACAACGAAUACGGACUUUAUACCGUUUCGUUGUUCAAGAAAGUGGUCGAAGAGUUCAAAUUGCACGCACGCGAACGGAAAUUCAUUGUGAGGGAUUUCACCUACAAUGAGGAGGAGCUUGCCGCCGGCAAAAACGAGAUCACCAAGCUCGUCACCGAUAAAAAGAAGCAAUUUGGCCCUCUGGUGAGAUGGUUGAAAGUUAAUUUUAGUGAGUGUUUCUGUGCCUGGAUUCACGUCAAAGCCUUACGAGUUUUCGUCGAGUCCGUAUUGAGAUACGGCCUGCCUGUCAAUUUCCAAGCGAUUCUCAUCCACCCCAACAAGAAGACGAUGAAGCGUUUGCGGGAUGUUUUGAAUCAGCUGUACGGCCAUUUGGACAGCAGUGCGGCAAUUUCAGGGUCCAAUGCUGACAGUGUCGACAUUCCAGGCUUAGGUUUCGGCCAGUCAGAGUAUUAUCCGUAUGUAUAUUACAAAAUAAAUGUGGACAUGAUCGAACAAACAAAAGUGUAAAUUCCGUAAAUUUUUAGUUUCUGCCUUUUAUUUUAUUAGAAUAACGUAAAUUUUUUGUGUACGAAGCGUACAAUUUUUUUCUCUUGUCCAAGCGCAUCUAUAUUACACGUAGGGCUGUUGAAACUUUAAAUGUAUAUGAUAAUAAAAUGGAAAUAAAUUUUAUAAUAUGCAAUUGUGCAAUAUUUGGCCACAGCUUGUAGGAUCGACAAUAUCGUUGCAACCAGUAUUGAGUUCAUUGUAAAUAUUGUGUACAUAAGAAAUGAUUUUCUUUGGUUGUAAGCUCAUUUUUAUUAUUGAAAAUAUUCCAAUGUACGAUAGGUCCAGUUUUAAGUUAUGUCUGUUACUAUAGAUGUUAUAGAGGUGUUAAGAGGUUCAUUGUUCAACUGUAAAUUUGUUAGACGAUUAAACUAUUUCAUUACAUU